GUUGAGGCUAUAUGGCUCACGUCUUGUUACCAUGGCAGCCAUUAAUGGGCAUAGUCCGGGUGCUGGCUGCCUUAUGGCAAUGUCAUGUGAUUUCAGAGUAAUGGCUUCCGGGAGGUACACCAUUGGUCUCAACGAAACUUUAUUGGGUAUUAUAGCAGCAUUCUGGUUGAAAGAUACAAUGAAUAAUACAAUUGGGCACAGAGAAACAGAGAAGGCUUUGCAACUAGGAAAACUGUAUAAUCCUAACGAAGCACUGGAAAAGGGUCUCGUGGACGUAUUGGCUGAAGACACUGAAGUGGUGAAUGUUGCUAAGAAACAUAUGGUGAACUGGUUGAAAAUACCAG